AUUAUUUAUAGGGUAUAAAUGAAAAAACAGUAAUUAUACAUAAAUCAGGGGGUUACAUGAAAAAAGAGAGAGAAUAUGAGUGCGAUCACUCUAGAACUUCGUCGAUGCUUUUUCUCUUUUCGAAAUUUUAGGGUUUUAAAGAAGAGAUUAUGAAACGAGAGCUCCAUUCGAGAGAUCGAGAUCGAGGUCGGAAUCGGAGAUGUUCUUCUUCUUCGUAGGGGGAUUGGAGCAGCAGGCGGGGAGGGUGAUCGCAGAGAGGGCGGGGAGAUGCAUACGCUGUGGAUCGGCUGCGGAUCUGGUGGAAUCCGAGAAGGUUUUGAAGCUUUUCUUUGUGCCGGUGUGGAGAUGGAGAAACGGGGGUCAGGGCUUCUACUGCCGUGAUUGUGGGUUGCUCUGGCCUCAGGCGUUGGAAGACUCCGGCGAGAAGCGGAGGAUGAUUGAAGGGGUGCUGAAGUGCGGGAACUGUGAGCGGGUUGUGGAACCGGAGUUCAAGUUUUGCCCUUUUUGUGGAUCUGAUCUGUGAAAAGAGACGACUUUGAAUUAGAAUUAGGGUUAGGGUUAGGGUUAGGGUUAGGGUUAGG